AUGUCGCCGCUCGAGCUGCAGCAGCUGGUGCGUGCGGCCUUAAGCCAUCACGAUGGUGUCUGCGCCGGCUUUCAGGUGGCUCCUACGACCUCAAACGCACGGAAGAAGCGCCCUUCCAGCUCGAUUCAGCGCCUUGUACCGCUCUCCGUGGCCUGUAAAGCGCCAGAACUACUCUCAGGACGCGUCUCCGCUCUGUUUGCACCUUGCGGGGGCUCUCCGAACGCUCUGAAGCCUCAGAACGAGGUGUCAGAGUCUUCCAGCGACGUAAUCAGGCUUCACAGGCUGCUAAAGGCGUUGGAGAGCGAGCAGAAGCUCAGUAGCUUCGAGUCUGCCGUGCUCCGAGACCUCUGUGAGCAACAGAGUGCGCGAGUGCUCGCUGCGAUGGCUGGAAACGCGUCCGUGGCCCAAAAGAAGCGCUUUUUGCUGGAUCUGCUGCGUCCCGAGGGCUCUAUCGGGCUCAAAACCGAGCUACAGACCUCUCACCACACGGACAAGGGCGAGGAAUCUCUGCACGCUGAGCUGGUGGCCAAGAAAGUGGCUGCAAUCGGCAGACGAGUCUUCAGUCCUCAAGUUCAGAUGCAGAUUUUGGCUCUCAGUCGCGACGGCUGGAAGAUCUCUGGCAGCAAGAGUGAUGGUCGCUUCGUCGACACCAUGGAGCUGCUGAAUAUGGUGGAGAGACUGCUGGACAAGCACGUGCUGCCUGAGGAUCACGGCGCGCACCUGCUGGAGCUGGUGCUGGGCCAGAAUACGGUGCUGUGGAGCGCUCUACAGAGCUUCAAGAACGACGGGGGCAGCUUGUCAGACUUGGAGACGACCGCCAAGCGCCUGGCAGCGCUGGGGGUCGACCCGCCGAGGCCUAUCGCCCGUAAGAAGAGCAGAAAGAGCCCCAGGAAGCUCAGUAAGAGCAGUAAAAGCAGCUCACCCGCCAAGAAGAGAGUGAGCUCAGCCCUGGCGGUCAUGACGUCGCUCCAUACGCAGCAGAUGCUGACGAGUCUGGAGCUGGAUAUUAUCCAAGCGCUGGUGGCUCAAGACGACACGCAAGUGCUCCAGCUCUUGUGCGACUUUGAGCUGGGAGACGGCGACGUCUCGGCGCUGCGAGACGCCCUAGUGGGGAUCGUGGAGGAGAUCACGAUGGAGCUCGGAGACGAGGAGAAGGCGGCGGCGGCUUUCGCGCGGGGCUUGGACGACGCCGUGCGAGAGGAGGAUCCGCUUGUGGACAGCGACGACGACAGCGACUCGCUGGGCUGGCAGAGACACUUGAGCUUCUUGCUGGGACAGUGGCAAGCGCAGCAUCAUCUGACGCCGACUGCGGCCAAGACGCUGCGGCGGAUGGUGGCGCAGCGUCACAACUUGCUGGAGAGCGCGUACGAAGUGUUCGCGGGCGAUGGAGACGCCAGUGAACUGCUGGAUACGCUGCAACGCGUGGCCAAACUACAGCGACAGAUUGAGCAGAGCCAAGCAGGCCAGCGCGUCCUGAAUACAACGUCGGCCAGCGGUGUUAGCUUGGAAGAUGUGGUGCGCCAGAUGCAGCGCCGCGGGACGAUUCAGGCUGGAGACGCCGCUGGGUUGCUGGUGCUGUUUCACGGAGGCAACGAGGCUCUACAGGCUGCGAACGAGGCGUUCCAGGCCGACGAAGACGUCCAUGAGCUGGAGGACACGCUGCUGCUUGUGGUGAAGCACGCGCGCUUUGGAAGUGACGCCGAAGAGGAGACAGUCGACGAGGUCCAGUCGGUGGCUCGUCUUCUCGCUGAGUUUGGACGCAGUGGUCGCCUGGAGCUGUGGCAGAUCCAGCUGCUCAUGUCUCUGGUCAAGGCUCACGACCCUCGCUUGCUGGCUGCAGUGGAUGUGUACGACGAAGACAAGAACAUGGAGGAGCUGGUGGACACGCUGGAGAUCUUGGUCGAGCUGGCAGCGUGGGAGCGUCAUCGGCGAGCGAUGGUACACGACUGGAUCGCCCCCUUAGCGAGAAGUAACAAGCUUCCUCGUGGCGGAGCGGAGCGUCUGGUGCAGCUGGUGAAGGCUCGAGACGACCGAGUGGUGGCUGCGCUUGUGGUGUUUUUGAGUGACAACAACAGGGACGAGUUUGUGGACACGCUGGUUCGGAUUGCGUGUCUCGAGGCGAUGAAGCUGAAGUAUGUGCAGGCCGAUGCGUCGAGAGAGGGUCAUUUGGUCUUGGACUUACUGAAGGAGCUGGAAGGGAAGGGCGUCAUGACUGGCGAAGAGCGGGAGCAGGUGGAAGAGCUGGUGUGUCGGGGCGAGGCCAGAAUGCUGGCGGCUAUGGACGUGUUGGCAGCGACGCAUGAAGCGGAGGACUUUGCAGAUACGGCUCGUCGUGUCUUGGCCAAGACGGACGAGCGCGUCGAAGAGAAGGAGCUGGACGCUGUCGCGUUGGACGAGCAGAAGAUUGAGGCGCCGUCUGAUGAUGUGGAAGUGAGCGCUUCGGUGUCGGAGAAGAACGAGGAAGAGGCUGCAGGUGAAGAGAGUUCUCAGACUGAGGAGCAGCAAUUGACUUGUGACAAGACUGAGGAAGGUGAAGAGAGUGAGGCAGAACACCAAGAAGACGAGGAAUCAAGAGAAAAGAAAGAAAAUGAGAAUGGCGAAGAGGAGGCUGCCGUGGAGGUGGAAGGUACGGAAGAAGUGGCGGAAACCAGCGAGAAGGAGCAAGAGGUCGAAGCUAAGGAUGCUUUAGAGAAGGAACAGAAGGAUGACGAUUAA